CAAUGGCUUCCUAAAAUAAACCACCUUAAACUCGUCAAUUGACUAAACCUAAAUGUAUUUAUCUUAUUUUAAGCUACUAGUUGACAAACUCAGUGAAGUCAAACCAGGAAUUCACGGAUAUAAUACCUACGUCAAAGUAAGACUCAAAUAUCUAAAAAUUUUUAGAUUGAAGAUAUCAAGAAAGAACAAAUCAAAAGAUAUGACGGAUCUACUUUGGUUGUGGCUGAAGGUUUGGCCGGAGAUGACACAGGAGUCAUUAGAUUCAGAGUUGUUGGAGAAUAUGCCAACUAACUUGAAAAGGGUAAAUGUUAUGCAUGGAGAAACGGAUUGUCUGAAGUCGUUUAAGAAAGACACAGACUCUCACUUGAUUAAUUUGGACGCAUAACUCCUGAAAAAGUAAAUUAAGCAAUUUAUAUUUCAGGAUGAUUUAGUUGUUGUCAACUAAAAUGGCAAGAAAUACUCAGAUAUUGAAUAUGUGAGAAAGGAUGCCAGACCAAACACAAACAGAAGAGACAACAGAGAUAACAGAGACAACAGAGAUAACAGAGAUAACAGAGACAAUAGAGAUAACAGAGACAAUAGAGAUAACAGAGAUAACAGAGAUAACAGAGAAAAUAGAGGACAAGGAUAAAGAAGACCUUAAGGUAAUAGAGGCAACAGAGGAGGAAAUUAAAAGAGAGAUUGAGUU